GGAAGGGCCACGAUGACCUCGCCCCACCCACAGCUGUUAUCAAUGAACAAGUGAAACUCAAAAUCUAAAGCGCAUUCUAACUGAGCUAACGUUGAAGUACUCUCCAGAUACAUUACGGUAGAUUUUAAAAAACAUCUCACCUCAUCAACUUUAAAUUGGUACGGAAAGAAACACUAAAAAAAAAAAAUUCUUAUUCGCUAGUAGCUUAUUUUCAGUUUUAAAGAACAUUUUAUUAUUUAUUACUUUUGCAUUAUUUCGAACCUACUUUUUAAGCCAUGACUUCAAGCAGUGAGCUUUUGGAAAUUACUGGCAAUGAGCUGGUUCACAUACUCAGGACCCCCCGGGACCAGUACACCUCUGCUGGGUGUGUGGUGCUGGACUGCAGACCUUUCCUCGAUUUCUCCUGGGCGCACAUUUGCGAGUCCCGCAACGUCAACUGGAACUCCAUGCUGCGUCGAAGGUCCAAGAGCUCGAUGGUGGCUCUGGAGUGGCUCAUCCCGGACAAGGCGCUCCUGGGUCGGCUGCGGCGCGGGGAGUUCUCCCCCGUGGUGGUGGUGGAUGGGAGCAGCCGCUCCGUGGCCGAGCUGAAGGCAGAGAGCGUGGCCCAGAUGCUGCUCACCGCCCUUCAAAACGAAGUCCAGACGCAGAUCUGCUUUCUACAUGGUGGAUUUGAGGGAUUUUCAGAGGCGUACUCAGAGCUCUGUUACCACUCCGCCAGCAACCACCUCUCUACAGUGGAACCGGAGCCAACAGUGACGGGUCGGAGGACGCCAGCAUAUGAUCAGGAUGGUCCAGUGGAGCUGCUGCCCUUCCUGUUUCUGGGCAGUGCUGUCCACUCCUCCCGCAGAGAGACCCUCGCAGCUGCGGGCAUCACGGCCGUGCUCAACGUCUCCUCCACCUGCCCCAACUUCUACGAGGGGGAGCUCGAGUACCUGCGGCUCACCGUGGAGGACAACCUGGCCACCGACAUCAGGGCCUGCUUCUCCACAGCCAUCGCCUUCAUCGACUCGGUGAAGCAGAGCGGUGGUCGGGUGCUGGUGCAUUGCCAGGCGGGUAUCUCCCGCUCUGCCACCAUCUGCCUGGCCUACCUGAUGCGCACGCAGCGCGUCCGGCUGGACGAGGCCUUCGACUUUGUCAAGCAGCGCCGCCAUGUCAUCUCGCCCAACCUGGCCUUCAUGGGGCAGCUGCUGCAGUUUGAGACCGACGUUCUCUGCCAGGGAUGACGACCCGGGCGUAUUGAGAGGAAGGGCAUUUACAUGACCGAACCUUUUUUGCUUGUUUGUUUGUUUUGUUAUAUCAUCCUGCCUCCUGUAGGCAUUGUGCUGGACUCAGAGCAUUAUCAGGACUCAAAACAUUUGUAAAAAUGUACUGUUUGUACUAUUGAAACCAGUACACAACAGAACUCGGUGCAUGCACAGAAAAGCUAAUUUUGUGGUUGGUUCAUCUGGAUUCCUGCUUUCAGUGGAAACUGACGAAUGGGAUCCUGGUGCACCAGACAGCAGUUGGCAAGAUAAACCCCUCUGUAAUGACCACAUUAUGAACAAUUGCGACUCUGAGCCAGCAAGUUGGAGCAGCUAUGAGGUAAUUCCCCUGACGUUUUGCAGUUGAGGGGAAUUGUGCCUGCUUGUCUGAUUCUGUGUGGGUUUGUGUGUUACUUUGUUUGGUUUACGUGCCUGAAUUUGCAAGGGCUGUCUUAUUUUCAAAACUGAAAGUCAUUCUUACACGGUCCGACAACUGUGACAUGUCAUGUGUUUUCAUGAGACAACACUGUGUUAACUACGUAUACAGCAAUACUGGAUGAAUCUCUAGUUUAUUGUCUAAUUUAUAAAAAUGCACUAACCAGAAUUGGUGUCCAAUCAUUAAGUUUAAUCAUUCUGUGUCCUGAGAUAGAUUACACUUAGUACACUCAAACUGGAUGAAGUUGUUGUGUUUUUAUCAUGUGAAUAGAAUUUUUAUUUUUAUUUAUUAUUUCAGCAUUUGUUAAGACAGUGUUACUAUUAUCUCUGUCUGCUACUGCACUUUAUACCUCCAAGGUUUUUGCUGAUUCCUACUGUUUUUCUGCUGAAAUACAAAACAUGGUGGAGCACA